AUGACGACACCCGAACAGACAUCUCCAACACAAGACCCCGCAGCCGCGGACGAUGACAUCUGGGCGGACUCACCGCCGUCCACUACUCGAGACAACUCCACCAACCAAGAAGUCCUUUCUGAUUUGCCAUCAAUACGUCGCCAACAUAUGACGGAUGGCUACCGUGAAGGUCUGUCCCAGGGAAAGGCAAAAGUGAUGCAAUCAGGCUUUGAUGAAGGGUAUCCAAUAGGCGUAGUAAUUGGGCUGAGGGCAGGGAGGGUGCUUGGCGUGCUUGAAGGAUGUGUGGCUGCGAAGGGCGUGAAACAGAGGCCCGAUGUAUUGGGUAGAGUGGAAAGAUUGUUGAGAGACGCCAGAGCGGAUCUUGAUCGACGGAAGUUGAUGGAGGGCCUCGAAGAUUCGGUAGUUGCGGAGGCGAAGGGCGUGCCUGAAAGGGUUGAGGGUGUGCUGAGGUCAUGGGAGGAAAGGGUCCUCGUUACCGAUGAAUUGAGCCGUCGACAAAUCGCGGAUUGA